CAACUCCUAAGCCUUGCGGUAUAUAUUACCCCCGUGUCUGAUUCCAGCUACCAAGCCCCCCAAGGCGAAGCACAGAAAGCGACACAGAGAAAGAUAGAACGAGAUGAUACUCGGAGAAGGAAAUCAUCGCAAUCCGACGGUCCAGGUCCCUCCGUGGGCUGUAUCCGAUGAUCCGAUGGCUGGGAUGCAUCUCUCCCUCCCCGUCAGCGGCGUCACGGGUGAGGAGGUGCUCGCCGCGCUACAGCGUUUCCUCCCGUCGAACAACGAGUCGUUGGAAGCCUCGGAAGAGCCGCUGGACUUGGCGGUGGACGCGUUCUCCUGCGACGAGUUCCGGAUGUACGAGUUCAAGGUCCGGCGGUGCCCGCGGGGGCGGUCGCACGACUGGACGGAGUGUCCCUACGCUCACCCAGGAGAGAAAGCCCGCCGCCGGGAUCCCCGCCGCUUCCACUACUCCGGCGACGCAUGUCCCGAGUUUCGGAAGACCGGUCGCUGCGAGCGCGGCGACGCCUGCGACCUCGCCCACGGCGUGUUCGAGAGCUGGCUCCAUCCGGCGCGCUAUCGGACCCAGCCCUGCAAAGACGGCACCGCCUGCCGCCGCCGUGUAUGCUUCUUCGCUCACACCCCCGCGCAGCUUCGCUUCCUCCCCCAGAGCCCCCGGUCGCAGCCGCAAGUCGCCCUGGAGUCAUACGAUGGAGCACCGGCCCGGCGGUCCAAGAAUCUGAUCACCUCGCCGAGAUCGACUCUGAUAUCGACCCCGAUGUCGCCGCCGUCGGAGUCGCCGCCGUUGUCGCCGGUAGGGGCGGAGGCGGUGAACGAGGUCGUGGCGGGGAUGAGGAAGCUGCAGCUGAGCAAGGUGAGGUCGGUGUCGUGUUCUUGGGGGGUUGGGAUGGGGAGUGAUGGUGGGUUUGGUUCGCCGAGGGGUGCUGGGGCGUUCAGGGCGGGGUUUGUUAGCUUGCCGGCGACGCCGACGGCGGCGAGCGGCGGAGGGCAUGGGUGGGGGAAGGAGGCGGCGGGGGAGUUCGGGAGGGGAAUGAGGGGGGAGUUGUUCGAGAGUUUGGGGAAAGAUGAGUCAGUGGAGGGGUGUUUGGACGCCGGCGGAGUCGGCAGCGCUGCCAAGGGGUUGCCGGAUUUGGGAUGGAUUUCGGAGUUGGUGAAGUAAUGGCUAGAUGGGUACUUAUCCGGCGGCGGAGGGCAAAAUAAAACUGACCACCCCCACCCCCAGAAAAAUAAAAAAAAUAGGAGAUGAGAGAGAGAGAGAGGUUGUUAGGGAUUUGACUGACUGAUUUAUUUCAUAAUUGUUGAUUUCAUCCGAAAAGGGUAGAGGAAAAGAAUCUGAUGCUAGGUAAAUAUGAUGCAGAAAAAAUCUGAAAGCACUGGUAUUAUGUUUUGGGUUGUCAUGCAAAAGAAUUGGUGAGAAGAAGAAGACUUCUGAUUGCUGUGCGCUUGAGAAGUUGCUGAUGCUGAAGAGAGAGAGAAAAUGUGGCUUGAUUAUUUGUAUUUAGAUUUCGUUUUUGUUUUGGCUGAUUUUUUGGAUCUUUUCUUGCAAGUUAAUUUCGUGGUCCAAAAUCUCUUAUCGAAAUGUAAAUAUGAUGAAUUUGAUGUUCUGUAUUGCCCCGAGCUUGUAAUUUUUUUUUUUUGAUGUUCAGUAUGCUGUUUAACGAUGUAUAAUAUUUGAGUCCCAUUAUCCUUUUUCGUUGAUAAA